AUGUCCAAAACUCAAAUCGAAUCAAUCUGUUCAUCUCUUCUUCAAGAACUCGAGAUUAUAUGGGACGAGGUAGGAGAAACUGAAACCGAAAGAGAGAAGAUUUUGAUUGAGAUUGAAGACGAAUGCAGAACAGUUUAUAGUCGAAAAAUCGAAAAGGUAAAAGAAGAGAGGAAUCAGCUAAGACAAGACAUUGCUGAUUCAGAGGCAAGAGUUAUUGAUAUAUGUUCUGUAAUGGAAGAGCCAUCGAGUCUUGGAAGGCAACACCAAUCUGAUCAAAGUGGAAGAAGAAGUUUGAAAGAAGAGUUGGUAAAGAUUCUUCAGAAACUUGAAGAUAUGGAGAAGAGAAAAUCAGAGAGGAAGGAUCAGUUUAUUCAAGUAAUUGAAGAUAUAAAAUGUAUAAGAGACGAGAUAAAUGGAGAUACUGAUGAGACUUGUUCAUCUGAUUUUUCGGUUGAUGAAUCGGAUUUAUCUCUUAGAAAGCUUGAAGAGUUACACAGUGAGCUUUACACACUUCAAGAACAGAAGAGAAACCGGAUGAAACAGAUUCAAGAUCAUCUAGGAACUCUGGAAUCACUUUGUGCGGUUCUCGGUUUGAAUUUUGGAGAAACUGUUACCAAGAUUCACCCAAGUUUAGUAGAAUCUGAAGGGUCAAGAAAUAUAAGCAACACAACACUUGACAAGUUAGCUUCAUCAGUAACCCAAUGGCAUGAGACAAAGAUACAGAGAAUGCAAGAACUACAAGAUCUUGUGACGACAAUGCUUGAGUUUUGGAACUUAAUGGAUACACCAGCAGAAGAACAACAGAAGUUCAUUGACGUUUCAUGUAACAUAGCUGCUACCGUUUCUGAAAUAACCAAACCCAAUAGUCUUUCCACAGAUUUGCUUGAAGAGGUUAAAGCAGAGCUGUGUCGGUUAGAGGAGUUGAAAUGGAGCAAAAUGAAGGAACUUGUUUUAAAAAAGAGGGCAGAACUUGAAGAGAUAUGCAAAAGAACACACAUUGUUUUUGAAGAACAAGAUAUCACGGUGGAGAAUGUAAUUAUAGCCAUUGAAUCAGGAGAUGUAAACCCUGAAAAUAUACUAGAACAGAUUGAGUAUAGAGCUGGGAAAGUGAAAGAGGAAGCUUUAAGCAGAAAAGAGAUUCUUGAAAAAGCUGAGAAAUGGUUGAAUGCUUGUGAGGAAGAGAAUUGGCUUGAAGAGUAUAAUCAGGAUGAAAACAGAUACAACGCAGGAAAAGGAUCUCACUUAAUCCUCAAACGUGCAGAGAAAGCAAGAGCACUUGUUAAUAAACUUCCAGUUAUGGUUGAAGCAUUAGCUUCUAAGAUUACAGUUUGGGAAUCAGAGAAAGGUGCUGAGUUUCUAUUUGAUGGUAAUCGUCUACUUUGGAUGCUUGAAGAAUACACGGAUCUCAGGGAAGAGAAAGAACAAGAACGUCGCAGGAAAAGGGAUCUAAAGAAACUUCAAGGUCAAGUGACAUCAGAGCAAGACAAAGGAACUCCUACGAGACCUCAAAGCGCGAAAAAAGGUCUUAGAGUAUCAACUAACAAGAGGUUUGCAUCAUCCCCUCAAACUCCUCGAACUGAUUCGCCUCACUCAGCAAAAUUUUUUACAAGUCAAUCUCGUUAUAGCUGA